AUGGACGCCAUACAGCUCUGCCGCGCCGCCUACUUGGGCGCUGCAGCGUCGGUCUUGGUGGUCUUCGCUGUUCCUGCCACUCGCUCAAGGUUUCUUGAUUAUGGGCCCCGUAAUGCGAAGAGCGCGAAGCAUGGAAGAGAUAAGCCCACAACGAAGAACGAAGACAGCAUCGCUGUUAGAAUGCUAGACACCAUAGCAACCCUCCGCGUCCCCCACAGCUGGUUCGCAUCCUUCUACGCCAUUUCCGCAAUCCUCUCUCUGUAUUGGGCAGCAGAACUGCUUGUCAAGGGACCAGCCUUUCGAGCUAUCGCACAACUUGUGCCUAAUGGAUCACGGUCGAUGAGCUUUCGACAGGUGAUGGUAGUCUGGACGAUGAUGCUCGCGCAGGGCAGUAGGAGGCUGUACGAGUGCAUGGUCGUAGCGAAGCCUUCGUCAUCUGAGAUGUGGGUUGGACAUUGGGCGUUGGGCAUGUUCUUCUAUGUAGCGAUCAGUGUAGCGGUUUGGAUCGAGGGGAGUUUGAACAUGCUCAUCCACAUCCCAACGGCAAAGGAUUUCGCCAUAGAUCCUCCGUCGAUACGCACCUUCAUCGGACUAAUACUGUUCAUUCUAGCAUCUGGUCUCCAGCACGAUUGUCAUGCAUACCUCGCAGCGUUGAAGGACAAGAAGAUGGACUCCAUCAAUGACAAGACAGGGUAUCGAGUACCUGAACACCCGGCCUGGAACAUAUCCCUCACACCGCACUACUUCGCCGAAUGCCUGAUUUAUCUCGCCCUGGCCAUCACGGCUGCGCCACAGGGAGAUUGGCUGAACUGGACUUUGGUCAGUGCACUGGCCUUCGUUGCCGUCAAUUUAGGAGUGACGGCGUAUGGUACGAAGCAAUGGUAUGAGCGGAAGUUCGGCGUUGUAGCUGUGAAGGGGAAGGCAAGAAUGAUACCCUUCGUCUUCUGA